AUGGCCGACAACAACACAGCCAACGUCAGUUUCCGCGAGCAGGUUCGCCGCACAUGGGACAGCAACACGAGCAAGCCGGUAUCCGACGCCGGUCGUGACGAUGGCGCCAGCGAGUCUUCACCACUGCUGGGCAACGGCUCCGGCGGCCAGCCCCAUCUGAGGGACGCCGACGGCGACGAGCCUCGCGCGAAUGGUCACUCCAGGAACAAGACGGUUCAGUUCUUCUUCGAUACCGAGAGGACGCCCGGUAGCGACAGCGACAAUGUCUUCGUCAAGUACUCAGCCUACACCUGGCACGUCACCAAGGUGACCCUCCUCAGCAACUAUGUCAACUUCCUCCUCUUCAUGGUGCCAUUGGGCAUUGUUGCCGGCAAGAUGGGCUGGGGUGCGACUGCUGUGUUCACCAUCAACUUCUUCGCCAUCAUCCCCUUGGCUGCCGUUCUCUCCUAUGCUACCGAGCAGAUCUCCAUGAAGCUGGGCGAGUCCCUCGGCGGUCUCCUCAACGCCACCUUCGGAAACGCCGUCGAGCUCAUCGUCAGCAUUGUCGCCCUCAAGGACGGCCAGAUCGAGGUCGUCCAGUCCUCCAUGCUCGGCUCCAUCCUGUCGAACCUGCUGCUUGUCAUGGGCAUGUGCUUCUUCUUCGGUGGCAUCGUCAACAUGCGCGACCCUGCGAGCGGCCUCGGCAUGGAGCAGAGCUUCGCCUCGGCCACCGCCCAGACAACUUGCUCGCUCAUGGCGCUGUCGUCGGCGUCGCUCGUCAUCCCCGCUACGCUCUGGUCCGUACUAAACCAGGCCGACAGCCCCGAGAAGGAACACAGCAUCCUCGUGCUUUCGCGCGGCACCGCCAUCACCCUCCUUGUCCUCUACGUCAUGUACCUAUGGUUCCAGCUUCGCACCCACCCCAACCUUUUCGAUUCCGAGGUCCAGCUUAGCGAGGAGGAGACGGAGGAGCCCGGCCAUGGGGCCCCGUUGCUGCCGGUCUUGUCCUUGUCGUGA